AAAUCACUCCUGGAAUACAGCAGUGAGCUCACUAAGGGGAGAGGGAUACUGGACAUGAGGGACCAAGGCCUGCUCUGCACCUAGGCCUCCUCCAGCCAAUGCUGCCUGGGGGUCUCUGACCUGCUGGCAAGUCAUCCGGGAAGGCCCUCCUCCUGACUUGUGUUGCUGACCUCAUCUCCAGGCCAUAGAGAAAUCAGGGAGAUUUCAGAACCAGCAUGGAUCCUGACAGUGAUCAACCCCUGAACAGCCUUGAUGUCACCCCCAUGCGCAAACCCCACACUCCCCUGGAGACCUUCAAAAAAGUGGGGAUCCCCAUCAUCGCAGCACUGCUAAGCCUGGCAACCAUUGUCAUCAUGGCUGUCCUCAUCAAGAUGAUUCUGGACAAAUACUACUUCCUCUGUGGGCAGGCUCUCCACUUCAUCCCCAGGAGUCAGGUGUGUGAUGGCCAACAGGACUGUGCCUCAGGAGAGGAUGAGCAGCACUGCAUCAAGAGCUUCCCUGAUGGGCCUCCAGUGGCAGUCCGCCUCUCCAGAGACCGAUCCACCCUUCAGGUGCUGGACCCGCUCACAAGAAACUGGGCCUCUGCCUGUUUUGACAACUUCACAGAAGCUCUGGCCCAGACAGCCUGCGGGCAGAUGGGCUUUGACAGCAAACCUACCUUCAAAGCUGUGAAGAUUGGCCCCGACCAAGAUCUGGAUGUUGUUGAAAUCACAGCAAAUAGCCAGGAGCUUCAGGUGCGAAACCCAAGUGGACCCUGUCUCUCAGGCACCCUGGUUUCCCUGCACUGCCUUGCCUGUGGGGAGAGCCUGAAGGCCCCGCGGGUGGUGGGCGGGCAGAAGGCCUCUGUGGAUGCUUGGCCUUGGCAGGUCAGCAUCCAGUACAACAAGCAACACAUCUGUGGAGGGAGUAUCCUGGACCCCCACUGGAUCCUCACAGCAGCUCACUGCUUCAGGAAGUAUCUAGACGUGUCCAACUGGAAAGUGAGGGCCGGCUCAAACAAAUUGGGCAGCUUCCCAUCCACGCCUGUGGCCAAGAUCCUUGUCACUGAGCUCAACACCACGUACCCCAAAGAGAAGGACAUUGCCCUCGUGAAGCUGCAGUACCCACUCACAUUCUCAGGCACAGUCAGGCCCAUCUGCCUGCCCUUCUUUGAUGAGGAGCUCACUCCAGCCACCCCACUAUGGGUCAUCGGUUGGGGCUUUACAGAGCAGGGUGGAGGGAAAAUGUCUGAUACACUGCUGCAGGCAUCAGUCCAGGUCAUUGACAGAACUCGAUGCAAUGCAGAGGAUGCAUACCAAGGGGAAGUUACCAAGGAGAUGCUGUGUGCAGGCAUCCUGGAGGGUGGCGUGGACACCUGCCAGGGUGACAGCGGUGGGCCCCUGAUGUAUCACUCUGAUCUGUGGCAAGUAGUGGGCAUCGUGAGCUGGGGCCAUGGCUGUGGGGGCCCAAGUACCCCAGGAGUAUACACCAAGGUCACAGCCUAUCUCAACUGGAUCUACAAUGUCCGGAAGUCUGAGCCAUGAUGCCGCUGCCGCUCUGCAGUGCUGGAAACUGCUUCCCCCUGCCCUGCCCUGCCCACCUGGGGAUCCCCCAGAAGCCAGACACGGAGCAAGAACCCCGUUGGGCAUACCUCUCUGCCCACAGCCUCAGCAUUUCUUGGUGCAGCAAAGGGCCUCCAUUCUUAUAAGAGACCCCAAAGUCCACAAGCACCCAAGAAAAAGUCAGCAGCCCCAGCUCAGCCACCUCUGGUGCUCCCAACAUCCCAAGGAGAGAGACACAGGCAACUCAACAGGCCAGCCUCUGGGCCAAGGUCUCAGAAAGCACUGCUAAGCCAUGAAAGAAUGUUUCCACUCUACUGAAUGAAAGUAGGCUCUCUGGUGAGAGCCCAGAUCACCAAGAGCUGGAGUGGAGGGAGGUAAGGAUUUGAGCCAGCCCUCUCCUCUGUCCACCCCAGAGUCUACCCAAGCAAGAAACCAGUUGUAAUGUAAAAUGCACUGUCCUGCUGUUCGCACAUUUAGUGUACUUACUGUUGUUUCUAUUGUUACCUCUAUGGCUACUUUUAUUAAACAAGUAUGUGACGUCUUUGA